ACUCAGAACGUUUAGAUGAUCCACAAGUACAUUUACGAUCUCAAGGUUAUGAGGCUCUCAACUUUUCUCACUAGAGGGCUCAGAAGGUUUGUGAACAGAAGGGCAGCUACGGGAUGUUUCGUUGCUGGAGGAAGUUUACUAGCUUCUUAUGUCUUCUAUUCAACUUAUGAAUUUCCUACACAGAGACCAUUAUUUACAGCAUUGUGUGCUACCAAGUGGGCUCCUCAGGGUUCAGUUGUCAGCGAAACAAAGGCCCAUGCGCUAUACUUAACUAUUCAUCUGGAUCCUCGCGCAUCACCACGGGAAUGUUUGAAGUCCAUUGGACAGAUAAAGAAACAUGUGGAUACAAUUUGUCCACCUGAUAUGCGUGGGGAAGACGAUGAAAUCUUAUAUGGUGUUGGUUUUGGAGUUGAAUUCUUUCAAAAAGUACAUCCUGACUUCCUAUCUAGAGGAGUUCAUCAUUACGAGUAUCGUGAGAGAUCAGGCGAUUUAGGCAAACUACCUAAAACAGGUGGCGAUAUAUUCAUUCAUGCUAAAUGUCAUGAAUAUGGGAAGUUAUUUGAAUUGACUCAAGCUAUCAUCAACAAUUUACCACCCGGAUCUAUUGCUAAGUUUGAAGAUGUCUACGGAUGGGUCUACCGUAACGGACGUGACUUAAGUGGUUUCAUUGAUGGCACAGAGAAUCCAGCAGAUCCAGAUGAACGAGCUGAGGUGGCUAUCAACCCUAAGACAGGUGGAAGUUAUGCUGUUGUUCAAAAGUGGAUUCACAAUAUGGAUUUGAUUCGGUCAACAAAAGACCAAACAAAGGAACACUGGAUUGGUCGUACACUAGAAGACAGUAUUGAACUGAAGAGGAAACCAGUCACAUCACAUGUCUCCAGAAUGGUUGGAUCUGCAGAUUAUGAUGCCCCAGCGAAAUUCAAAAUAGUACGACAAUCUCAACCAUACGGGACAUUGUCCGGGGAUGCUGGUCUAUUGUUCAUUGCGUAUGCAGCGGACACAAAGAAUUUCGACUACAUGUUAGAUCGUAUGACUGGUGAUAGCGAAGACAGGAAACAUGAUGAUGUGAUGCGUUUCACACGAUGUGUCAGUGGAAAUUAUUGGUACUUCCCUAGUGAACCUGAAUUCGUUCGUCUGGUUGGCGAUGGCAUUGGCGUUAAACGUGGAUUCUGGCGAUGAAUAUCUAAUCAGAGUUGUUUUUUUUCAAUGAGCUGGUUAUUUUUAGUUUAUUUUGAAGCAAUGUGAAAGUCACUAUUUCAUAUGAAAUUGAAUAUAUUAUACUGUGUUUUGCUGCCUUUAA